AAACAGGGUGUUAUGAGGCUAAUGUUUUCAUUGCUCCUAACAUCGUUCACGAGUUUGUACUGUACUAGGCUACAUUACUUCGACGUGACGUUUCUUUGUGAUGUUCGUACAGCGUUUAGAUAUUACUAUACAAUUUUAGAACAUGGGGAACUGCCUACAAACAUCAACCUCCGAUGAUAUCAAUCUACUGCGAGACAGUGAAAGUAGCAAUACCCGCGAUACGUCACCAGAACAAUUGGAUCCUCCACCGCCAUAUCAGGAGGCAGUAAGACCAACAGUACCGGUAUACCAUACCGCACCAAACGUAACACGGCCUGCAACACAGCUGACGGAGGAGGAGCAAGUAAGGAUCGCACAGCGUAUUGGGCUUAUUCAGCAUCUUCCUACUGGCAUCUAUGACGGCAGUAAGAAGAACAGAGAAUGUGUGAUAUGCAUGUAUGAAUUUCAAUACGGCGACACAGUGCGGUUCCUACCGUGCAUGCAUACCUACCACACACACUGCAUUGACGAUUGGUUGAUGCGCUCCUUCACGUGCCCCUCCUGUAUGGAGCCUGUUGAUGCGGCCUUACUCACCACAUACGAGACAAACUGAAUGUCCACUUGUAAAGAAUCCGAUAAAGAAACUGCCCAGGCAUUGCUCUCUGUCUGGGACAGGGAGCGGGGAAACCGCCUUGGCACUUGCGACUAGGUAGAUAUUUUUAGUCAUUUACCUCGCCUGUCUGGGACAGUCCUUGGCUCUGUAUAAUGAUGUCACGUUUAUCACUUUUAAAUCUAGGUUUCUCAAUAGACUCCAUGAAUCAGUGUACAGCCAUGUGAUUCUUACCAUGUCACUGAGUUGCAGUCACAUUGUUCACGGGAUGUUGCAUUCUUCUUACCAGAUAUAUUUCACAUUUGGUCAGUUUAAAUUUGUGCCGUAAUGGUAAAGUGCCAUGCUCCAGAAAGUUGUGCUCUUCCGUGUGUGUUUUUUUCUGGGGUAAUAGAAAUUGCUAAACAUCUUGUGACAUGGGUUCCCAACUCCUACGAUUGAUCUGGGAAGUUGCUUGCCUAGUAAACAAGUGCUCUGAAAUGUACAGGAAGGAGUAUGAUUAAACUUUCUAUGCCUCGAGUUGUAUACUAGAUGAGGAUUCUUUAUCUGUGUUACUUUUUAAGCAUGUAUAUAUGCAACCAAUGGUCAUUGCGCGAUGAGGUUAAUAUAGAGCAUCACAAUUUGCUCAUAUUUAGUGAAAAUGAGUUAGUGUGCAUGUUACUUAUACAAAUAGACAACGUGUGCUUGUCACUAGUAACAAAUCUUACACAGCGACUUCUAUGAGUGGGGUGACAUGGGUAGCUCAGUCAAGGCAUGGUCUGUAUCACGAUAGACCGUCACGAUACAAUACGUAUCGUGACACCGUCAAGAGAAACUACCUAGUAAACUAUACAUUCAACCGGAAAUCUACCAAUCAUGUCGUGAAUACUUAUAUAUAUACAAAUCGGUAUCAUGAAGCGCUUACUAAACAACUGCUAGGGCCUAUUUAACUGCGAAUUGUGUCAUGCUUAUUUUGUUUUCUGAUGCAACUAUGCUACUAAAUGAUAUGGAUUUUAUUCAGUAGUGUAUCAAUACAUAUAUAUAUCGUGAAUAGUCAAACGUAUCAAUAUGUGUAUCGUUUAGGUUUGUAUCGCGAUACAUUAAUCUAUCGAUGAAUCGUCCCACUCAUAGUUACUUUUUCAUUGUAUACAGAGCUGGAAAACCUCUCGAGAUAAAUCGUUAUAAAUAUUUCUUGGAUACUAGUAUCAUUAUUAUAAGACAGCGAUAUGGAGUACACUGAUAUAAUCAGCUUGUUGUUUAGGUGAAUUUGGUUUGUUGUUUAGCAAGUUAACUGCUAAUUAAAUGCCAGAACAAAACAUAAUUGCAAUUGGUGACUAAUCCUCUUCAGCUGGUAUUGAACAACCGUGACUACAUUGAUGAUAAACAAUUUGCAUAUGUACAUACCUAGUUAAUAUGUCGGUAGGCUUCAUCAGCGAAGAGAGAAGGUGCAGUAUUUUUGCACAAGGCUUGUUUGUCCCGUAUUGUUUAGUAGUUUAUUUACAAAAUGGCAUUAGGGGGAGGCUGCAUGCUGUGUGACCUUCCUCAUAUGAAAUUUCGACAUCAAAGGUGAAAAAAGUGCAAUGCAUAGCAGUAUAAUUAUGUAAUCAUGUAUAACAAGUAAAAUUAAAGGUAAUAUAUUAUUGGAUAUUUUGUUUGUCCAUAUAGUCAUUAACAGUGUGUUUUAGCAAGGCGCGUUGUUAACAAGGUGCACAUCGCAAUGUAUACUCCACUAGUCUUCAGGGUUUAUUGUAGCAUGUAUUUGCUGUGGUAGGGUUGACCAGUACCACUGGUAUAUUACACUAUAUAUACUAUACUCAUAGUAGUAAUGGUAACAGGAGUCAAUAAUAUUAGUAUUUACUCAUAGUAAACACUGAACAGAUAUGAGAUUGUUAUCUGAUUAUAUGUUAAUAAUAUUCCAGAAUACUUGGAGAUUCACGUUUAAGACUGAUAACUUCGUUUAAACUUCAUUCAACAAUGGUAACCACACCAUAUUUUGUGAAAAUGAAAGAAAGGUGGGAAGUGGUGGUGUUCGUGGGUGGCAGAGGAUGGACGAGGGCUCCAGUAGUGACUGUAUCGCGCGCUGCCUUAGACGAUGUUGUAGGUUCACUACACUUUAUCAGUACAUAUAUAGUCAGUACAAGAUGUGUGCCCACUAUUUAGUCAUAUACAGUAUACUGUGGAACAUGCCGUGUGCGCACGAUACUCUAGCCUGUGUAUAAAAUGGUCUUCUGCCGUAGAAACCACUCAGACCACCAUUGACAUUGGCUUGUAAAUGAUUGCAUUAUUAUAGGUAAGCCUGGGAAGAAAGGUGCUGUUAAAAGACACGUGAUAUUUUUAAAACACAUAUAUUAGUAUGACUUUUAAGCAUGAUGAUGUGAUGCAUUUGGGGAUUGGUGGCGUUAUAAAGUUAGCAGUGGGAGGAGAGGUGUAUACUGCUUACGGAUUAGUGACUUUUUAAUUUUUUUUUCUCCAAAAUUUGCUACAUUUACUGUAAUAAUGUGUCAGCGUGCGUGCGUUUAAUGAGGUAUGUGUGGUAUUAGUGCCUGCCAAAUUACGUUGAUCAUGUAUCCGGCCGAAUCAUUUAUGUGAGUAAGAACAGAUGGCUAAGGCAUGUCUAGCGGUAUCGGCUAUCAUUUUCUUCUUUGUGGAAGUUCUACAUUGAAGUUGCUCUGUAGUUUGAGAAUAGGGUGUUGGAAAUGGGAGGGAGUUGUGAUGGGGUAGUAUUGUUGUGCACCGUGUGUUAAUUUAUACUGUACAUAAACAUGAGUGUUCAUGAAGAUUAUUUAUACGAAUAUUUCACAAGAAAGGCAACCACAUUGUAAUCUACCACUGAAUAUAAUAUAAUUGAAAAAAAUGUCAUCGUCUA